CUCUCCCAAACCUAGACUGGCUGUAGCCAUUUUACACAGUUGGUCCUCUGAAAAAUUAUUACCCUUUUCAGCUGGGCUUUCACAAGGCAUUUCAUGAAUUUAUAUAAAUUACAUAUGGCGCAGGGUGUCUAAUUCUGUAACCAAGUGGAAGAAGGAGACCAGAAACAGAAGACCAGUAUGGACUAUGAGAGACGGGGUGGGCGGGGCGACCGCAUGGGUCGCUAUGGCAACACCCCUCAUGAUCACAACUUCCGGGACAUGGACUACAGGGCAUAUGGACAUGAGGAUGAGGAGUCAGGAGCAGGAUAUGAAGUCAGAGCAGAGGGUGACAGACAGUAUGGCCGUGAUGAGCAGCUAGCGGGUGUCCGUGACUUCUCCCCAGGUCGUCUUCAAGACCGCCUGGGGUUUCACCAUAGAGGAGAUGGCCGAGGAGAUAUUGGGCGUGAGGGGAAAGGACCCCCAUGUCCCCCUCGAUCCCAGGUCCAGCAUGACGUCAUCCUCCCCAGGCUCCCAAGAGAGGAGGAGGGUUCUAGGAGGGAGCAGUUUAGGACUGGCCCACAGGAAAGAGGUCGAGGACAAGCAGGAAGAGGCUACCAUGAGAACAGUGGCCAUCAUUUAGGGAGCAGAGAGACCAACUGGGGUCGUGAAGGUGGUGGCCACUCUGAUCAGCUGGAAUACAAUCCAGGAAGACAGAGAGAAGAGGAGCGGUUCGCUCGUGGACCUGGGAAAAGGAGGACUUUUCCAGGGGGAUCAGAUGAACGGGGUGGUGGUGGUGGGAGUGCUGGCCCUGAUUUGUCCCUGGAAGAGCUGGAUCAGAGGGAUCAGGACUACCGAGGUGACCUGGACCACAACCAGAGGCCCAGCAACAUCAUCAUGCUGCGUAUGUUGCCGCCCAGUGCCACCGCUAAUGAGAUCCGUGCGCAGCUUCAGGAGCAGGGGAUCCAGCCAAGAGAGGUUCGCCUCAUGAGGAAUAAAUCCUCAGGUCAGAGCCGAGGAUUCGCCUUCGUCGAGUUUAAUGUCAUACAGGAGGCCAGCCGCUGGAUGGAGACCAACCAGAGAGUACUUUCGAUUCUGGGACAGAGAGUGUCGAUGCACUACAGCGACCCAAAACCACGUGCCAACGAGGACUGGCUCUGCAACAAGUGUGGUGUGCAAAACUUCAAAAGAAGGGAAAAGUGCUUCAAAUGCAGCGUGCCUAAAUCAGAGGCUGAACUGAAGUUGCCCCAGCUGCAGAGAGAUUUAUCUUUGGGUCUACAUAAAGAGGGAACCCAAGGCCUGUUGCCCUUGCCAGCUCCCUGUCAUUCCUCUGGCCCUGCUCUCACCACAGGGCAAACCACACAGCAGGCGGAUGUGGCCAAUGACACUUUGAUCCUGAGGAACCUGGGCCCUCACACUUCAGUGGAAGCUAUAUUGUCUGCAUUGGCUCCAUUUGCCACUCUCUCCCCCUCCAACGUCCGUCUCAUCAAGGACAAGCACACCCACCUCAACAGGGGCUUUGCCUUCCUACAGCUCUCAACCAUAGUGGAGGCAUCUCAGCUGCUCCAGAUCCUGCAGGCUCUCCAGCCAGCUCUUUCUAUUGAUGGGAAGGCUAUCGCAGUAGAGUUUGCCAAGGGCUCCAAACGUGAUGUGUUUCUGACUGAUGGCAGCAGAGUGAGUGCUGCUACAGUGGCCAGCACAGCGAUAGCUGCUGCCCAGUGGGCUGUCACACAGACAGCUCAGAAUGGAUCAGGCGGAGGCCAAAGUGUAGAUACUGCAGUGUACCAACAGGGGGCAGCAGUAACAUACACUCAAGAAGGACAAGAAAACUUGGGACCUGAUGCAUCUACAUUGAAGGUCCAGGCAGGGGCCACAGGUGCUGCUUUGCCGAGUACAGGAACAGCUCUAAUGGGAGCAUACACAGGAGGAGCAGCCCCAGUGAUUUCAUCUGAGGCAGUGACAUCAGGAGUUGGGGGAGUGCAGCAGCCCCUCAGUCAUACCCAGACUGCUCUCAUCACCACAGCUACCAUCACACCAGCCAGUCAGACCUCUGUCUCCCAGCAGGUUGAGAUAGUGGGAAAACCUCAGCCAGCUGUUCCCAGCCACCCUGCCACCCCCGGCACUGAGCACGAGUACCAGCAAUAUCCUGUACCAGAUGUGUCCACAUACCAGUAUGAUGAAAGCUCUGGCUACUAUUAUGACCCACUGACGGGACUCUACUAUGACCCCAACUCUCAGUACUACUACAACUCCCACACUCAGCAAUAUAUGUACUGGGAUGGAGAGAAACAAACCUAUAUUCCCGCUGCCGCCCAGUCAAACACUGAAGCCGCUGCUACGCCCGGUGAUAACUCUGCCCCUUCAGAUUCUCUCUCAGCCCCUGGCGGAGGCAAGGAGAAGAAAGACAAGCCCAAGAGUAAAACUGCUCAACAGAUAGCCAAAGAUAUGGAGCGCUGGGCUAAGAGUCUGAACAGACAGAAGGAGAAUGUGCGGUCUGUUUCUUCCUCCCCUGCGGUCAGCUCCACAGCACUACCCCCAGGUUACACCAGGGCGCCUGGCCACAGUCGCCUUGAUGACCGGCGAGAGUCUGCUAGUGCCGACGCAGGCUAUGCUGUCCUGGAGAAAAAGGGGGCAUUGUCUGAACGGCCUCAGAUUUUCCUGGACCAGAUUCGAUGUACCACAGAACAGUCUCCCCCGCAGCAGCAGGGUCUGGUCCCAGCCUACAGUGGGGAGACUGACAGCGAGGAAGAAGGAGAGAAAGAGGAGAAGGAAGGGAGAAUGACAGACUGGGUCAAACUGGCCUGUCUGCUGUGUAGGAGGCAGUUCCCCAGCAAAGAGGCCCUUAUCAGGCAUCAGCAGCUCUCUGAACUACAUAAGCAAAACCUGGAGCAGAGAAGAAUCCAGCAGGAGGCAGCAGGCAAAGAGCGGCAAAGACUUGCAGACGGACCUGAACCUCCUGAUCCCAAGAAGAGGAAGUUGAGCCCCAUUGAUAGCAUCACAGGCACAAGUCUUGGUGCCAGGAUGUUGCAGGGUGGUGUGAAGAAGGGGAUUCUGCUGCGCAACAUGCAGGUGGAAUGAGCCUUUACCUUCGCAGCUCAUCCCCUGGACCCAGCCAGGACAAGAACAAAGCCCAGCACGCAACACUCCACCAUUACAAUCACAUAGAUAUCUAUAGAUAAACCUCAUAAUUAAUUUUUGGCGUGAGAUGAACCUUACCUCAACCGUGAUGAUAUGCUUUUUAUGAACUGAUCCAGUAGCAGUGGAUGUCAGGAUAUUGCACAGAAUGCACCUUUUUAAUUUCUCCUUGAAUGAUGCAGUUUUGAGCUCUAGUGCUUCAGAGCUUGUGUAUGAUAAGCAAGCUUUACUUGGUUGGGAGACACAUCUGCUGUUGGAGAAACUAAAGAUCUGUAUAGAUCUUUAUAGCAGCAGAUCAGAUUUUCUAAUAUAACUGUCUAUGCACCAUAGAUUGUUUUGAUUUAAUGUAAUAUGCCUUGUCAUUCAGUGAAUGACUGAUCCGGAUAUGAUAAACUGUGUGUAUAAAGUUUAGAAUGAGCACUUUUGUACCCUUAAACUCCUCAUCAGUAGGAGAUAAGAGACUUAUGGCCUCAUGUGGACUGGACAAGUCACACGAACUGUGUGGAUGAAAAGUGUCAAUGUGUCAUAUUGCAGAUGUGAAUGCACAAUGUAAUGCGUGUUUGUCUCUGGAGAAAGCUAUUUUUUAUUUCUGUUUGUUGAAUAAUGUGAUUGUGAUUCAUCAAGCUCAUGCGAGUUCAAAAUAACAUUUACACCAUUAUUACUGA